UUCAGUAGUGCUUAUAUGUACGUAGAGUUCUUUCUGCUUGACAAUCCUCCAAUAAAGACAAAGUUUUCAAAGCCAUCUACCACUCUGAAAGACGCAUAUGAUAAGUUACAAAAGGCCGUAGCAAAUGAAAACUUCGUAGUAAGAGUUGAAACUGCGGAAAAGAUAGUGAUAUUAAAAGUGGAACCUAAAGGCCUAAAUGAAUUCUCUGGGGACCGUAACUUAAAAGCACCAGAAACAGGUUACAAGCAAGGUAGCGUGAUUGGAUUAACUAUUGGUAUGUUGUUCCUGGGCAUUGUCUUGGGCGGAAUGACGAUUAAUCUUGUCGUCAGCAGAAAAUUUGGUGUUUCCCUAUUCCAAGGCAAAAGAUUUGGAGAUCAGCCCUUCGACAAUCCUUUGGGAGAAAGCUCCAUGUGAUAGCUGAAUCUUAGGACUACUUUCAAAAUAGCUACUUCUAUAGAAGUAUAUCUGUACAUACCAGCGUUGCAAUGUGAACUAUUAAUCCUUCAACAGCGCGAACUUGGAAGCGCGAUUCCAAUGUGGUCAGAACUCUUAUGCUGAAAAUACGUCAAUUACAUAAUAUAUGGUUUUUUGUCCGAAAAACUAAUCAUAUUUUCAUAUUUUUGGCAACAAUAAAAUCUGAUCUGAAAUAAAUUGUCUUUAGAACAAAAGUAAACGUUGAAGAUCAU